AUGGCCUACCAACAAGCUUAUUACCAGACCACCUCCCUCCCCAUUGCUGUCCCUUCAAAAGGUCAACACGCUCAAUACUACACUCCUCAAAAUCAUGGCUAUGGAAUUUCACCCCCCGAAGUAGCCGAAUCUGUCACUACCGGAUCCAGCAUGACACCCGCCUACGGCCACUCGGCCUAUUCCGCCACUAACAGCAGCUACGCUGGCAGCUCUAGCGACUAUGACAGCACGUCAUCUGCCAAUGGCCUAGACAUGCAGGAAUAUGUUCAGGAUCGCUUCAAUGGCGCUUUUGAUCCUCUUCCGCUUGAUCGCACACUUGCCGUCCAGGCGCAAACAUCUGGUCUUUUGAAUGCGAAGCAUCGUGAAAUCAUGGACUUGCAGGCGCUCGCUCAACAGCGACUCGCUAAGUCGAGAGCGCGCAUGGCUGAGGGCUACCAAGAUGCCAAGGAGGUCAAGAGAGAUCUCGAAUGGACGCAAAAGCGUGUUUCAACGAUGAAGACCAAAGCCUCCCGCAAACACCCAAAAGAGUACAAGCAAGCGCGCGCUCGCUAUCCAUCACCAGAAUACUAA